AUGACUAUGUGCUGGCAUUUGCUCGGCAACUCGCUUCUAGCGGCUGCUCCCGGGCACACUUGCGAGUAUAAUCAGCUUUCCGAAGAUUUGCAGAGCCAUCAGGAUUGGGAAGGGUUCAUUCCUGAUUAUCAAUGCGCCCUGAACAAUCAUUCCUUGACCGCCGAAGCGCACAAAAACCUCGACGACGUCAGCUUUCAAGCUCUCCGAAGACUCUUCGUCUUCAACAACGCCACUUCGGCGAAAGAAUGCAGGCAGGUGAACUACAACUCGUACACUGACAAUUGGAGAAAUGGAAAACGAAGCCAAGAAAGAGUUCAAAAAGAAUGA